AUGGCGGAACAUGCGACCCACGAAGAAACGCAUGAUAGUGUCCCUGAUGGUUUCCUCUGUACCUUUUGCUCCUCGCCUUACUUGGAAGCACGGGAUUGGAGACUUUGUGAGGAAAGCCACUCUGAGCAACGAAUCCAGGAUCUAAACGGCAUUUACUGGGUGUGUUCGCUGCCGGACCGUGACAAUGAUUCAAGGCUUUGCAAUACAUCAUUCGAGGUUACGCAACGUUUCGAGUUUGCACAACACUUGACAAUGAUGCACGGAGUGGGUACCUCUUGGAGCGAGGUGCUGUCAGUCCAGAGAGAUAAUUGUUUUCCGAUUCAUGCUGAUGGAUUCUGGUGCGGGUAUUGUCGAAAGGCUCUAAAAUAUGAUGAUCCGCAAAUACAGGAAGGCCUCGCUCUUAGAGGUUUAGACCAACAGCUGCGUUUGGAUCAUAUCCAAAAACAUAUUAUCAAUGGGAUAAGACCUCGCUCAUGGCAAUGGCCUCGAGCGGGCGUUACUGAAUAA